AUGAAGAAAGUGAUGCCGUACACAGAGUCAAAUCAACAGCUCAGGGUCUCAAUCCAGCUGCUCUACAGCACCUCGCACAGUGGCAGCACGUGGGGCUCGGCUGUCGCACCGGCGCGCCGCGCAGCAGAGGGCGGCCGGCGGAAGCGGUGUUUGCGCCACGUAACCUGCUGCUCCGCUCUGUUGCAGAGGCACAGCAUCCACGGCAUGAUGGAGGAGGAGAACGUGGUGCGGCCGCACCAGGAGAUGGCGCAGCUGUCGCUGGACGAGAAGAAGUUCCUACUGGCAGUCGAGCGCGGAGACGUCGCGUCCACCAGGAGGAUGCUGCAGCGGGCGCAGGAGACGGGCUACAUCAACAUCAACUGCGUGGACCCGCUGGGCCGCAGCGCGCUGCUCAUGGCCAUCGACAACGAGAACCUGGAGAUGGUGGAGCUGCUGAUCGAGUACAAGGUGGAGACGAAGGACGCGCUGCUGCACGCCAUCUCGGAGGAGUUCGUGGAGGCGGUGGAGGUGCUGCUGGACCACGAGGAGACGCUGCACCGGCCCGGCGAGCCGCACAGCUGGGAGGCGCUGCCGCCGGACACGGCCACCUUCACGCCGGACAUCACGCCGCUCAUCCUGUCAGCGCACCGCGACAACUACGAGAUCAUCAAGAUCCUGCUGGACCGCGGCGCCACGCUGCCCAUGCCGCACGACGUCAGGUAG